ACUAUACAAUGGAUGUUGUAGGCCCUUAUGAUGCUGAUGAAGAUGAUGAAUUCCUUUUCAUCUGCUGGAAACAAGCAAGCAGCCUGUCCUAGCUUCCCUACGUCUCUCUGCAUCUCUUCUCAUCCAUGGCGAUGAAAGAAUCUCUGGUUUUGCCUGGAACAUCUCAAUCUCAUGAGUCUGCCCAGCGUUGCCCUUCUCUGAAGCAGCUGUUUGCCAAAUUAGAAACCAUACUGCUUCGCCAUUUUGGCGCUGCAAGCAAAUACAAGAGGCUUGAUGCAAAGCUAGAAAAGAAGAUGAUGGAAGUCAAGAGAUCAUCAUCUUCCUCUGCUGCUGCUUCUUCGUCUGGGUCUAAAAGAACAUUCAAAUCCAUGAACACCAUUAUCAUGAGGUUCCCUCAGUUCAAGCAACAGCUCAAAACCAUCAGUGCCGUUUUCCAACAGUUUGAUGAAGAUGGAAACGGCAGCAUCGAUCGCGAGGAGCUGAAGAAAUGCCUAGAGAAGCUGCAGCUGAUCAACCUCAAGGAGUCGGAGAUGGACGAUCUGUUCCAUUCCUGUGAUUUUGAUGGAAGUGGAGGGAUUCAGUUCAAUGAGUUCAUUGUCCUCCUCUGCCUCAUCUAUCUUUUGGCACACCCAUCUCCCAACAACAACAAUGAUGGGCUAAAGCAGGCGUCAAAUAUGGGUUCGCCAGAGCUAGAGGCAACCUUUGACACCAUUGUUGAAGCAUUCUUGUUCCUGGACAAGAAUGGAGAUGGGAAGUUGAACAAGAAAGACUUGGUGAACGCGCUGAACGAUACUUCCCCGUGGGAGAAAUCUCCUUUGCGGAUCACCAAGUCCAGAUUCAAGGAAAUGGAUCGGGAUAGGAAUGGGAAGGUUGGCUUCAGGGAGUUCUUGUUUGCACUGAUUCAGUGGGUUGGCAUUGAGGCUGAUGAUGAAGAAGAAUAGCAGAGAUCCCACUGAAUGGAACAUUCUUCAUAGCUUGAGCAGUGCGUUGAUUUUGGUUGGAUGAAGAAUCAAUAGAUUCAUAGUGUUUGUAUUGAGAUC